GGCCUCGGGGAGGGAUGCGGCGGCGCGGCGCCCAGGAUGCCCCGCAGCCCCGGGACGCGCCUCAAACCCGCCAAGUAUAUCCCGGUGGCUACGGCCGCUGCGCUGCUGGUCGGCUCCAGCACCCUGUUCUUCGUGUUCACGUGUCCAUGGUUGACACGAGCUGUGUCCCCAGCUGUUCCUGUCUACAAUGGUAUCAUCUUCCUCUUUGUCCUGGCCAACUUCAGCAUGGCCACCUUCAUGGACCCAGGCGUCUUCCCCCGAGCGGAUGAGGAUGAGGAUAAGGAGGAUGACUUCCGGGCCCCACUCUACAAGAACGUGGACGUACGGGGCAUCCAGGUCCGUAUGAAGUGGUGUGCCACCUGCCACUUCUACCGCCCGCCGCGCUGCUCCCACUGCAGUGUCUGUGACAACUGCGUAGAGGACUUUGAUCACCACUGCCCCUGGGUCAACAACUGCAUUGGGCGUCGCAACUACCGUUAUUUCUUCCUGUUCCUGCUGUCGCUCAGUGCACACAUGGUAGGCGUUGUCGCCUUUGGCCUGGUCUACGUGCUGAACCAUGCGGAGGGCCUGGGAGCCGCCCACACCACCAUCACCAUGGCUGUUAUGUGUGUGGCUGGCCUCUUCUUCAUUCCUGUCAUUGGCCUCACCGGCUUCCACGUGGUACUGGUCACCCGGGGGCGCACCACCAACGAGCAGGUGACAGGGAAGUUCCGAGGAGGUGUGAACCCCUUCACCCGAGGCUGCUAUGGGAAUGUGGAGCAUGUGCUGUGCAGCCCCCUGGCACCCCGGUAUGUGGUGGAAUCACCUCGGCUGCCACUAGCCACUCGCCUGAAGCCACCCUUCCUUAGGCCGGAGCUUCUGGAACGAUCUGCACCACUUAAGGUCAAACUUAGUGACAACGGGCUAAAGGCCAGCCUGGCCCACAGCAAGUCUAAGGGCAGCCUUGAUCGGCUAGAUGAGAAACCACUGGACUUGGGGCCGCCACUGCCACCCAAGGCAGAGGCUAGCACAUUUAUCAGCGACCUACAGACACCACGGCCUGGCAGUGCUGAGAGUGCCCUGUCAGCACAGAGGACCAACCCUCCAACACCGGCCAUGUACAAGUUCCGACCAACUUUUCCUACGGGUCCCAAGGCACCCUUCUGCGGGCCUGGUGAGCAGGUCCCUGACUCCCUGACGCUAGGGGAAGAAAGCAUCCACAGCCUGGACUUUGUGUCUGAGCCCAGCCUGGACCUCUCUGACUACCCGCCUGGCAACCUGCACGUGGCCUACCCACCAUCCCCGCCACUCAGUGCUGCCGGCACUUUCUCUGGAGCCUUGCGCUCUCUGAGCCUCAAGGCCACAGGCCAGCGGGGCAGGGACCAUGUGGCCCUGCAGCCGCUGCAUUCUGAGGGUGGGCCCCCCACACCCCACCGUAGCAUCUUUGCUCCCCAUGCACUGCCCAACCGCAAUGGCAGUCUGUCCUACGAUAGCCUUCUUAACCCCGGCUCACCUGGUGGCCACAUGUGCCCAGCCCACCCUUCGGCUGGUAUGGCCAGCUAUCACUCUCCCUACCUGCAUCCAGGGGCAGUGGGGGACCUGCCACGGCCCCCAACCUGCAGCUUCAGCCCUGUGCUGGGGCCUCGUCCCCGGGAACCCUCACCUGUACGCUAUGACAACCUUUCCAGGACCAUCAUGGCUUCCAUUCAGGAGCGCAAGGACAGGGAGGAGCGCGAGCGGCUGCUGCGCUCUCAGGCCGACUCGCUCUUUGGUGAUUCGGGCAUCUACGAUGCGCCUAGUUCCUACAGCCUGCAGCAGGCCAACAUGCUGUCUGAGGGGCCCCGCGGCCCUGUGCUGCGCUAUGGCUCCAGAGAAGACCUGGUGGCUGGGCCUGGUUUUGGUGGUGCCCGCAACCCAGCCCUGCAGACAUCAUUGUCCUCCCUGUCCAGUGUCGUGAGCCGAGCACCUCGGACCUCCUCUUCCUCCCUACAGGCCGACCUAGCUAACAACAAUGCCCCAGGGCCCCGGCCCAGCAGUGGCUCCCACAGGUCGCCGGUGCACCAGGGCCCACCCUCCCCGCCUGGCACUCCCUGCUCACCCUCCUAUGCGGGCCCCAAAGCCGUUGCCUUCAUCCAUACGGACCUCCCAGAGCCUCCACCCUUGCUGGCUGUGCAGAGGGAACACCCUCAGCUGAAGACCCCCCAAAGUAAACUUAACGGGCAGUCUCCUAGUCUGGCCCGCCUGGGACCUGCCGCUGGCUCCCCAGGGCCCUCCGCCAACCCUGCCCGGCACACGCUUGUUAAGAAAGUGUCCGGUGUGGGUGGGACUACGUACGAGAUCUCGGUAUGAGGACUGACACUGGCACUACUGGGACCAGGAACCCCCAUCGGCUGCCCCUCCCCCCAACUUCACUGCCCUGGGAAAGGAGAAGGCCCAGGCCUGGUGUGUGGAUCCAUCAGCAAGAGAGAAAACCGCGCCUCCACGACCAGUCCCUCGCCCUCCAUUCCCUCAUCCAUCCACCUGCUCAUGAGGGCAUGGCUGGGCCAAGGAUGGCAGCAUCUGCCUCGGUCCCCUGCUCCUGGGGCACUCUGGGGACACAUUGCAUCUGCAUGGACUGUCCCCAUGUCCUUGAGGUUGCUGCCAAUCCAGUUGCUACCACCUACUACCCGUAUAGAUGGGUCCCUGUGGCUUAGAGACAGACAGACAGGCCUGCCCAUGGCUCUCCUCCCUGACCAGAGGUUGUGCUGCCCUGUUGCUCUUAACUGUUGCCUUCCAGGGGCCCUGUGGGAUCUUGUAACUUGAUAAGGCCAGCCCCUCUGUAGGGAGCCCAGCCCUGUCCCACAGGCACCUGGCCUGCUCUGAGUUCUGGCAGACAGAUAGACAGCUGGACGGACAGACAGCCAACUGUGGGUGGGACAUGGCUCCAUGUGUCCCAUCUCACCCAGCUGGUGGGCACGUCCCUGUGUCUGUGCUCUGAGCUGCCCUGCCAUGUCCAUGUACUAAUGCUUGGGCCCCCCGCUGCCCCCACUGCUUUCAUUGAAGCCUUAACCUCUACUUUAUGCUCUUGUGGGAGGCGAUGGGGGUAAGCUGGAGCAGGCAUGGGCUGGCCGCUGCCACAGGGAUCUGGUGAGACUGGAAGUCCCCUCUUUGCCAAACUGGAGAUUCCUCACCCCAUGUCAUGCAGCCCCAUUGGAGCUGUGAUGCCCACAUGGGGUACACACUGGGGAGGGGAGUCAGUUCCUCCUGGUACCAGGGACCCAAGAGUAAGCACACAGCAGCGUCCGCUUACGUUGUGUCUGUUUUAUGUUUUUAUAUCUACAUCUAUAUAUCUAUAAUUUUAUUAAAAAAAGAAAAAGAGU